UGGGGAAUCCAAGGAAUUUAUGAGAAAACAGUGAAAAUGCAGGCAGAAGGGUUCACAUUUGGCUUUUAUGAUGAACCAAAGCCACAGGAACUGCAGGGAGAACAAAACAAAGAUCCUGCACCUGUCCCUAUUGAAUCUGUUUCACUUGGUCGUAUGCUGAAAUAUAUUCCAUCCAAGCUGUCGUAUGCGUGUGUCCAUGGGCUACCUUAUAAGCUAGUUCAAAGAGAAUUAUGGGACGUGAAAAUGCAAUUAAUGGAGAAUGACUCGCUGGAAUCGACGCCUAUAGAACUGAAAUUGCUGGACAGUGCAAACGACUUGGUGCCCAAGGUGUAUGAAGGAGGUUUCAAGACAUGGGAGUGCAGUAUUGAUUUAUGCCAUGAAAUAAAAAAGCUCAAUAUCUUGGGUCGAAACUUGACUAGGGUUUUGGAACUUGGUUGUGGAAGUGCCUUGCCAAUCUUGACUUGUUUUCAAGAGCUUUACCAACGACGUGAACCGAGCACUUUAAUUUUCCAAGACUACAACAUUGAUGUCUUGCGUUAUAUAACAUUGCCAAACUUGUUGUUAAAUUGGUACUUCAAUACACAGGAGCAUGAUUCAUCUCAAGAACACGGCACAAUCAACGUGUCUGAGAGUUUACUCCAAGAAUUCAGCGAUGAUUUUGCCCGUAACAGCAUUACUUGCGAGUUUUUGUCGGGGCCUUGGGGCUCGGAAAUGCAAAGUAUCAUUCAACAGUCCUACGGUGAUCAGUACUUUUCUCUGAUCUUGGCUUCUGAAACCAUAUACUCUAUUUCUUCCUUGGAACCUUUUAUUUACAUGCUACUAGAAAACACUAGGAAUAUCUCCCUUAUCGCUGGCAAAGAUUUAUACUUUGGUGUUGGAGGCAGUGUUUUGGAGUUUUAUCAUCGAUUACAGAAUGUUGUCUCUUCAGCGGAUUCUUUAAAAACAGUAAAGUCGUCCGUCAAUAAUGUUGGAAGAUCUAUAGUAUAUUGGGAACGAGCUUCCGCUGCUGAAUCUUCUACGGAACCAUCUUCAUCGAGAAAUUGAACAGACUUCUUUUCUUUAGAAUCCUUAGUUACCCGAUCUCCGUUGCAACCCUCCUAUAAAGUUUUAUUUGAUUAUCAUUAGUUGUUGUUUCUUGCGUUUUCCUUCUCUCUUUUCUGCCUAUGUAUAUAUAUAUAUAUAUUAUAUGCAAGUAGAGAACGCUAUUAUGUUUCUAAGAAAGAGAGAAGACGCGGCUUGACAAACUUCUUUUACUAUUCCUCUUAGAACAAUUUUGCUUUGUAAAUUACCUUGUUACAAGUUUGCACUGACAUGCCAUUAUUCGUUCAUCCUGAUGUCUAGGGUGUGUGAUUUUAAAGUUAUUCUCUUCUCUUUUAAUUCAAGCUGGUCUCUGCUUGUUUGUGUCUGGCAUGUUUCUGCCUUUGUAAAUUAGAUUGGUCUUUUUCCUACUGAGAUCACGAGGCUUCGUGACUGGAAACUUUUCCAAUAUGAAAGAAAAAAAAGGGAUAAUAAUAUUGAAUCGUCUUUUAUUUGAUUAGUGCUCCAUUUUUGGUUAAUAAAUGCCAUGACUUGUGUAAGUUGAAGCGUUUUAUGGAAGCAAAGUCGAAAAGCUUGUCAAGACGCCUAUUUCCUAUUUAUUUUUCCAUGUUUGUUUUUGUUUUUAUUAGUAAUAUUUGAUACAAAUUCAUUUUCACCUACAA